CCGUUUCCACUGCAACAGACCAGAGAAUAGAUGUACGGUACAGAUUUGGACGAAGAUGUACGGUUUUACUUUUACAUAGAGCUUCAAAGGGGAUUAGGCCUUGGAAGCCAUUCUUUCUUCUUCUUAACAGGAAAGGUGGGGAGAGAAAGAGAGAGAGGUCUCGAGUGUGGUCAUUGCUGUGUGUGUUCGUUCUCCCUGAGGAGCUGCUUUCCGGUGGCUUCUGGUGGCAGAGGAGGAGGUGAGCCGUCGGAGCAGGGCGCUGGAGCUACUGGGCUUCAACUGCUCUGCAUUUCCUUGCAUUUUCAGAUGGCUUCCGGUUCCAGGCUGAGAAGAGGAGGUAGCAGUUCCAACGUGGGGAGGUCGAGCGGCUUCAGGCCACGAAGCCCACAUUUCUGCAAAGUGGUGGUCGCCGAGUCACUUCGUCGUGGGAAAAUCGAAAUCCCCCUGAAAUUCGUCAGAAAAUAUGGACAUGACCUGUUAAACCAAGUAGUGCUCAAGGUCCCGGGUAAUGACGAGUGGUUAGUAGCAGUGGAACAGGCUCAUGGCAAACUUUGGCUUGGGGAAGGCUGGAGGGAGUUCCAGGAUCAUUACUGUCUCAUACAAGGAUCCUUUCUACUGUUUCAACUGGACAACCUCAUUGGCUUUCAUGUGUUGAUAUUUGACAGGACUGCCACAGAGAUUGACUAUCCUGCGAGGAAUCCUCGUGGAGUAAGCUCGGAGCUGACUGAUAAAUUUAUUCCAUCUGAGACAAAGGAUGACAGUGAUGAUUCUCUUGCUGAAAACCAUUCUGAUUCUGAGCCCAAACCAGAGCAGAGGCAGUGUAAGCGACGGCGUCGACCUCUCAAGCCUUCAAAACAACGGAGACCUCGAGUGCCAGUCGAAGUUGAUGACAGUUCCUCUGCUUUUUCUCUGAGUACCCAAUCAGAGUAUUCUGCAAAUUCUCUGAGUACCCAUUUGGAGUAUGAAUCUGAUGGCUCAAAACCUGAAAGUAGGAGGCUUGGAGGGCCACAGAGACAGAAGGGAAACCACUUGCCCCGAGGAUCAGCCAGUACAUUUUUUUAGUAACAUAUAAGUUGUGCAUUUCUUUUUCUUAACCUUCUACAUAGAUCUGGAAACAAUUUCUAGCAUAUAUGAUUUCAAAUUAGGAUUUUCUUUGUCAUUGCAUAAUGUAGGUAAAAUAGGAUUGGCGACGCACUAUUUGCCUUCGGGUUCUCUUGAAGCUCUUGAAGCUACGAAAAGAUUUCGACUUUUUAUUUCUAGUUCAAUGAAACUCAUGAAACUCGUGAAGCUCUUGAACUAGAAAUGAAAAGUCGAAAUCUUUUCGCAGCUUCACGAGAACCCGAAGGCAAAUACUGCGUCGCCAAUCCUACUUUACCUACACUAUGCAACGACAAAGAAAAUCCUAAUUUGAAAUCAUAUAUGCUAGAAAUUGUUUCCGGAUCUAUGUAGAAGGUUAAGAAAAAGAAAUGCACAACUCAUAUGUUACUAAAAAAUUGAAUGGACAUUGAGUAUUAUUUUCCUAGAAGCUCUCUUGCUCGGUGUUGCUUCUGUGCCAAUGUAACGGGCUGUUAAUACAUGCUAAACUUCCUUCGUGCUUUAAACAACAAAGUUCCACACCGGUGAAGCCAUUUUAGCUUUUAAAUAUUAUUAAAAGAAUUCUGCUACAGUGUGAUACAACUGAUAAGGGAAUCAUUACUUUUUGCUUCAAUCUUGGCUAUUAUUAUUUUGCGCAGAGCAUAUGUAAAAAUUUCAUGAGCUCAGCAAAGAUAAAGACAGGACUCCCUCCCGUGGAGCUGGGGCAUGAGGGCAAAUCCUGGCCCGUGAAGAUGCUAUGCUACCCAGAGGAGCGCCAGGGUAGGCUCUGCCGUGGUUGGGCUGCUUUCUUGGACAGUAAUGCUGUGCGUGCCGGAGAUGUCUGCUUCUUUGAGCUGCUCAAGAGGAACGUGUUCUACGUUCACAUAUUUAGGUGUUCUGCUCAUUAGUAGUCUUAGCAUGCCAGUCUGAUGGCUGAAUUCACGAGUUUCAUUUUUUUGCAUUGUGCUUAUGCAGAACUACUCUAACUAUGGACUUUAGUUGCCUGUGUAUUAGGUUUCAUCAAUUAUGUGUCGUCUGUGAUCUUAUUUUAUGGGGAUAAUUAGUUGACCUGGUGAAUGACUGGUAUUUCAUUAUCUGAGUAAAUCUUUUGAAAGCUUGCUUUA